CUUAUCAUAAUUUGAAUACAUAAGAAGGAGCUUUCUUCCUAAUCGAUACAGAGAGUCUUGGAUUUCAAAAGAUUUUCCAAACAAACUUCGAGUCUCUGUUAAAUAUUCGUAUCGAAUUAAAAUGUAAUACUUCUCCUCAAAUGCACUACUGAUUGAUCGUGAUAUGUUAUGUUUGUCCUUCCAGUUGCUCCAUUUGUACCACUACGAGCAUACAAUACCAUUUGAUAAAUAAGAAGCGAUAAUAAUUCACUCUUAUGUACUUUUAUUGUGAUUUGUUAGAAAAAAAAGAAGAAGAGAGAACAAAAGGAUUUUUUUUUUUUUUGAAGUGUUAAGAUUUUCUAUUGUUAUUCAGUAAAGUUGGAACAUGGCGGAGUUAAAUGGAAAGAAUAGCAUUAUACGAAAUCCAAAUUUAUCCAAAAGUCGUGUUUUUAUUGGAAAUUUACCUAUCUGCACCAAGGAGGAGCUAGAAAGUAUUUUCUUGCCAUAUGGUAAAGUUUUGGGUUCAUUGGUACAAAAAAACUUCGGCUUUGUGCAAAUGGAAUCUGAGGAAGUAGCCAACAAAGUAGCAUCAGCUUUAACAAAGUCGACCUUUAAAGGCAAUACGAUCACUGUACGUAAUGCCGGAGUCCACAAGAAGCAACUAGCCAGUGAUGCCAAUGUAAGUCUUAGCGUAUCUAAUGCAAACAGCACGCGGCAAACGAAAUCAACGGGACCGUCUAUUCAUAACUCAAUUGCAAAUUGUAAUGAUUGUGAAAUAAUUGUCGUGGAUCGAAGGAACACGAAGUAUGCCGAAAUGAUAGAGGAACGUUUGAAAUUUUUGCAUUUAAGAGUAGAUGUUUUAUUUCCGAAUGCCGAUGUACCAUUAGGCAAAGUGCUGUCUAACAUAGCUUCAAGAGGCUGUUUAUAUGCUAUUCUUAUAACUACUCAACAUGAGGAACAUCGAAGUAUCACUGUUAAUAUAUUACAUGGGCAACCAGCUGAGCAUCGUAAUAUGCCAGUCGAUGACGCAAUUAAGUUAAUUGAUGAAGAUUUCCGCAAAUCACAAAGAGCAAAAACACAGCAACGCAUAAUAGCUGCGGGUAAUUCGUCAACAUUACAUUUACCCCAAUCUGUACCUAUUAUACCCGCAGUUGCUAGCUAUGUGGUACCACCGUUAAAAGAGCGACAUCCCGAUGCUAUGCAGACACUAUUGGAUCUACUAGCAGACAAUUUACCAUUAACUGUCUUGCAGUACGACCGCAUUAUAAAGUAUUUGCAGGAACGUCGUGAAUUGCAAAUGAAAGUGGAAUUGGGCGAUGCCGCUGAAGAAGUCAAUACAAAUGUGCCUGAUCCUGAAAUUGAAUUGCAAAAGAAAAUACUGAAUAUAUUAAAUAAGCCAUCAGUAGCAGAAACUCAUUACGAUUUAUUGUAUCCUAGUUUACAAGCUGUUAAAGAGGACGCACGCCUAUUAGAGUUACUUAAAGAUAUUAGAGUUCAAAAGGCUUUAGAUGCCCUGAUGGACACGAAUUUAUUAUCAACUGUGGAAACUUUAAUGAAAUUUUAAGACAAUUUUAAUUAAAUACAACAAUAUAUAUUGA